AUGGCCUUCAUAUCGCACGUGCCGCCGCGCCGCGCAGUGGCGCGGUUCACCAGCACGGUCCCAGAAGAGGUGCGCGACGCGUGGCGCAUCGCCAAACCCGGCAUCAAGGACAUACUCAACGAGACGGCCGACAUCCGGAACAACUGGUCACACCUGAUACUCGACGCUCGGGGUGCAGACCACCGCCACCGGCGCUCGAAGCGUGACGUCUGCAUUUACAUCACGCAAGAGCUAUCCGAGACGGCGUGGAUCGAUGUGACGGACCAGAUUCACGACUACCUCGAGACUUUUGAGGUUGGCUUCGAAGUUCGUGUGCGCUACGUCGAAGACUAG